AUGAAAGCCCGCAUAUUCAAGCUGACUCCAGCCUUGGAUAUAAUCCAGACGAGGCCGGGAGAUCCAUGUCAUUCAGAGUACAACGGUCAGGCAAAGCAGAGCCACAACCUCCUCAUGAGAGCAAUACUCUCAAAACCCGGGAUGAGACAGUAUUUCCAAGAGUUUGUCCAGUUCCCAGCACCAACUGGAUGGAGCACGCGACAAUCCCCCCUCCAUCACCUCCAGUCUUGGUCCCUCUCAGAGGCGGGAAUGGCCUCAGUCCUAACGCCCCUUAUCAUGUCUCGUAUGAAGCUCAGCGAAAAUGAUAUUACGCUGAACUUCUUUGCUGCAAUGAGGGGCAAGUUCCGGGAAGACACAAAGACCAUGAAACUCACGAUUCCAGAGAUAUUAGUGCAUUGUUUUGCCAUGAUGGCAAAAUCAAACGCCAUCACUUGUGCACGGAGCGAGCACCUUCGUCAGGAUGCAAGGCGCAUCAUUCUCCGGGGUCGACAGCUCUACACUCAGUUGUGCACAUGUGCUUCUGUCGCUGAGCGGAUGAGUAAAUCCAAGGGCAGCAACAAUAGCCAGGCCUCAUCCCAUGCUCCAUCUAUGGUCUCAGCUGACUUUGAAGCGGCAAUCAAGGCCAUUGGCGUGGGAGUUGAUGCUGUUGUUAGUGAGUUUGAAUGGGCAACACAGAUGAACUCCCUGAAACCAGGGACAAGCAAAUCGAAGGAGUUCAGCAGCUGGGGAUCUUGCCCGAAUGUGCACCAGGGUUUGCAUAUUGAUUAG